CCUCCCCCCAUAUCAACCAGGCGAUGCUCCCGGAUCGCCAGUGAGGUUGUAACCGUGGAGAUCCUGCGUCCAGCAACCCGGAACUAGACGUAGCGGCUUCAACGUGCUCCUUUGCGACUCCCGGCCUCGCUCGUGUCUCGCCGUGAUGGCUUCGGAACGGGGCCCCACCGCAACAGAACCACCGCGUGCGCCGUCGGCCUCGACCGUGCCGCAGUCCGGACCGUCUUUCGGGACGGUAACCGAGCUGGCCCGGUCCAAGCCGCUCAAGCGAACGCGGGAGACGACGCCAACCUCACAGGACUCGUUGGUUUCGAGUGGCGACAUGUCGCCGUCCAAAAUAGCCCGGCUGGUAGGGUUUGCCAGGCAGUCACAGAACCCAUCGACGGGCGAAGCUGAGGAAGACGCGAGAAGUAGACAAGAGGAGGAAGAGCACCGACAGCUCGCUCGGUUGGAACAGAGCGACAACCAGCCCCCUACUGACGAGCUAAUGUCGGGCGUCACGGCAGACAUGAACCGGCCCCAAGAGGCGCCACCAGACAGCUCUGGGCAUUCCGACAUCGAAGCUGCGGCGGCCGCGGCAGCUGCGCGGGCGCUCAGCUCGGUCACCAUUCCGACGAGCCACGUUCCCGGCGAUGACCUCCACGAUGUCAGUCCGCAAAGCGGCGCAAGCGGGGCAAGCCUAGGCGGUGACAACGGCCAAGUAGUCGACAGCCCGGCGGCGAUGGACGUCGACUCUCGCAAUGACGAGGGCCUUUAUGCGCCACAGCCCGAGGCGCCGAUGGAGGACAAGGCGGGGUCAUCUCUCUCAUAUCCGGGGGCCAUGCCUGCGCCCGGCCAUCCGCAAAGGGUCAUGAGCAUGUCCAUCGCCGGACCCCAGACGCCAAACAUCGACCUCACACCGCGCUCGCCAAACUCCAACAAGAAGCACAAGUGUCCUUAUUGUGAAACCGAGUUCACUCGCCAUCAUAACCUCAAAAGCCAUCUACUCACGCAUAGUCAGGAGAAGCCGUACGUCUGUAACUCGUGCCAGAUGCGGUUCCGCCGCCUGCAUGAUCUCAAGCGACACAGCAAAUUACAUACCGGCGAGAAGCCGCAUGUCUGUCCGAGCUGCGAUAGGAAGUUUGCACGCGGCGACGCGUUGGCCAGGCACAGCAAGGGCGCCGGCGGUUGCGCGGGCAGGAGGCAGACGAUGGGCUCCUUUGCCCGUCAAGAGAACUUCGACGGCGGAACAGACGGUUCUGCCAUGUCGGGGGAGCUGUACGAUGGUGGUGGGGCCGACAUGUCAGAAGAGGACCGGCGCCGCCUGAGCAUGCCGAACCUCAAGCCGCAACACGUUGCUGGUCAGGCCGGGGCGGAAGGCUAUGGCGGGUCGAAUACCUACCCCCCACCGGGACAGCGGCCGGGCCCUCCCAGCGGCGGUUUGUAUCCGCCCAACCUCGACCGCGCAUCCUCAGCCACAACAAACACGUCGCCCAGUAUGCCGAGCAGCCAUACUCCGCAAACCAGUAUAUCGUCGGUCCCGCUGAGCGCGGGCGCUUCGACCGUGUACUCGCAGGGCGGCAUGACCGAGAGCCCCAAACCGCUGAGUCCGAGCGGCACUCAGGGAAGUGCGGCAGGGCAGCAACGGGCGAGCAACGAGCAGCAGCAGCAGCAGCAGCAGGGCGCUCCGGGUUUGUCUCUGCCUACGCAUGGUAUGUCGCCAGCCGCCAAACAAGCGUGGCUCUCUCAGUACCCCCCUGCUGACCGAGACGCGAUUCAAGGCAGCGCAGCGCAAGGCCAGCCCGCGGCCGGCCGUGGGCGCGCCCGCGCAGCGAGCGGUGACAACAAUGGCAACUCCGGCCAGCCGGAUCCGGGCUUGUGGGCUUAUUACCAGCAUUUGGAAGGAACUGUCAAACGGCUCAGCAGCCAGAUGGAGAGUGAAGCCAGGACCAAAGCGCAGCUGUUGGAGAAGCUCAAUGCGCACGAGCAGCAUAUCGCCGCGUUGACGGCCGAGGUCGCCGCGCUGCGGCAACAGGUAGCUCCCCCGCCACAGGAGGGCGAGGGUUCUUCGGCUGACCCAGCUGCCGCUCAGCAGUAGGGCUGGUGAGUGUGCGGUCAUCAGACCUGGGACGCUGCGGGACGGGAGA